ACAAAAUGACUAAAAAGGAAUCAGAUGAGCCGAUGGAUCUGUCUGGAGCACAUCCUAUAGAUCCAGGAGCAGUAGUUUCGAUGUGUAAUUGGCUUCAAAUAAAUGAUGUACGUGUAAUAAAGCCAGCAUUGUGCAGUUUGGUUGACAUUCUUAGUCGAACUGAUAAGGCUACUGACAGGGUCAUUGAUUGUGGCAUACUGCGCUUAUUGGUUCCACUACUCCAACAUAAAAAGAUUAAAAUUGUUGAAAAUUCUGCCUGGAUAAUAAGCUAUAUCACCGCAGGCACUGAGCAACAGAUUCAAGCUGUCAUCGAUUCUGAUGUAAUCCAAUAUUUAACUCACAUUAUGCAGAAGGGGAAUUUCAAGUCACAAAAGGCGGCUGUAUGGGCUAUAACCAAUAUCAUACUGGCGGGCACAAUGAAUCAAAUACGGGUUAUGGUGGAUAAAUUUAAGAUAUUAGGGCCCUAUCUUGAUCUUAUGGAUACAAAGGAUGAACGAACAACUAAAAUGAUUCUGAAUGGUUUAACUAGAAUAUUAUGUAAUGCUCAACACUUUGGUGGAUUAGACCAUCUUACUCUAAUGGUGGAACAACUGGGCUGUUUGGAUAAAUUGGAGGCCCUGCAGACCCAUCAGGAUGUUGUAAUCUAUAAAAUGUCUUAUGAUAUCAUAGAUAAGUAUUUCAGUUAAGAAAAGGAUCAAAAAGCCAAAUCCUAAAGCCAUGAUCAUCAAGUCAUUUGCUACACAAACUUUCCGUUUCAAUCAAGAACUAUGGCCCUUUUUUCCUCUUACACUCUUAUUAAGUAGACAUCAGGAUGUUGCCCGAAAUUUGCUUUACUACAUUAACUAACUCUUCUACACUCCUUAUUAUUAAAUUGUUACUGGCGUUCUUUUGUUUGUUGAUAUUUGAAUAUUUGCUUUACAUUGAUAAAACCUUUUCCUCUUAAAUAAAAUCAAAAUGAAUGCUUAAAA